AUGAAAUCCUACGCUCUCGUUGCUCUCAUUGGCUACGUUGCCUCCGCGUCGGCCUUGACGAUUACCUUCCAGAACCGGUGCUCGUUCACUGUCUGGCCUGCCGUUGGCAAGGCCCCUAACGGCCAGCCCGACCCCUCUGUCGCCUUUGGUCACAGGCUAGACCCCGGUCAGAGCACAAGCUUCGGCGUAGACGAUUCACAGCUCGGUAUCCGCGCUUGGGGUCGUACUGGCUGUGACGCCAGCGGCGCCAACUGUGCGACCGGAAAGUGCAACGGUGGCUUGGUCUGCACCGACGCUGGCAUCACCUCUGGUGUGAUCCUCUCCGAGUACGGCUUCGCCGACUUCGGCCAGUUCGGCGGCCAGCGUACCUCUUGGGAUCUUUCGCACGUCGAUGCUUCGAUCAACAUCGACACCCAGCUUACGGUAUCGGAUGGUCAAUCCGUCCUCUGCAGGGCCUCUAACUGCCCCGACGACCAGGCGUUCUCCAGCCCGACCGACUUUGCUGCAGACCACAACUCCCCGCUCGGCCAGACUUACACUCACAUCUUCUGCCCUUAA